AUGGCUUUCAGAAUGGGAAGUUUGAGAUCAAUGGUGGGACAAUUAAGAGGAGGAAGACGAUCCAUUACUGCUUCGACUGCCCCAAAAAUGAAACCAGCCACGCUUGAUGCAGAAAAUGCUCAUCAUGCCAAUGCACAUGGCCUUUCUUCUCAUUCAAAGACUGGGGAGUGGGCGCCAGUUCAAAUAGUGUUUGGGAUGGUGAGUGUUGCAGUGAUUUUAGCAGCUCACACUGCGUUUCAACAACUUGUGAGGUCUCCAAGUGUUCAUGUGAACAAGAAGAAAAGAGAGUCCAUGCCGGAGGUUGACGAGCCCGACGAAACCGUCGAUUCCGCCGACAAGUUCAUCAACCGCUCCAUGCUCCGGAAGGUUGCCCACAUCCAAGAUAAUAAGAACACUCUCUCCGAUCCUGUCCACCCCAACCCUUUUACUCAUCCUCGUACUGCAGAGACAUUGAAGACGGCUGGAGUUGAGCCAGGGAGGCACUGA